AUCUUCUGGAUGUGCUGGAGCCUAUCACAGCUAAGAGGCUGGACCGCAGCCUGUCGCAACGUUAUUUAUUCGAGUCUUCAUUUUUGAACUUUCACAAACAGCGAUUCUUUCUACCGGGCUUCUUCACGUUUCUUCACUGAGCUACGCGACAUUUGAUCUGUAAACAUUAAACGCUCUUAAAACGGACAUUGACGCUUUCAUUCUGAAAGGUUUAGCGGAAGUGUUUGUGUUACCGUAACUGCGGUACCGCGAACUGGACGAGCAAGUUUUGAGGACGAGUGAAAGUCCAGCGGAAGCUCGUAGAUACGGAGAGAAUGGACGGCGCUUCAAUUGAUAGUUUAAUCCUGAAGCUCCACGACGUGAACGGAGUGAAGUUCGGGGAAUACAAGCUGAGGAGCGGCCUGAUGACACCCAUUUAUAACGACCUGAGGGUGCUCGUGUCCCACCCCGCGCUCAUGAACCAGGUGGCAAAUCUCAUCUACCAGCGAGUGCAGGAAGAGGGUCUGCAGUUCGACUCUGUGUGUGGGGUUCCUUACACAGCCUUGCCUUUGGCCACAAUCAUCUGCUCACAACAUGAACUGCCCAUGCUCAUCAGGCGGAAGGAGGCCAAGGACUAUGGAACCAAACGGCUGGUGGAGGGGUCGUUCCGUCAGGGGGACACAUGCCUGAUCAUUGAGGACACGGUGACCAGCGGCACCAGCAUCCUGGAGACUGCUGAAGUGCUCUACAAAGAGGGACUGAAGGUGACGGAUGCAAUUAUACUAAUGGACAGAGAGCAAGGUGGCGUGGAGAUGUUGGCAUCAAAGGGAAUCAAGCUCCAUCCCGUCAUCUCCAUAUCUCAGCUGCUCCGUGUGCUGCAGGCAGCCGAACGCAUCGACGCCCAAACCGCCCAGAGUGUCCUCGAGUUCAUCCGGGACAACAACACUUUCAGGCCCAAGAAUGGCACAGACUCUCCAGCCAGCAAGAAGCUGUGUGUGGAACAGAAGCUGGAGCUCAGUUAUUCAGAAAGAGCCAAGUUACCAAACAUUCAUCCGCUAGCAUCAAAGCUGCUGAAGAUUAUGGAGGACAAACAGUCCAAUCUUUGUGUGUCUGCUGAUGUAACCAGCAGCGAGGAGCUGCUCCAGCUGGCCGAGUCGCUCGGUCCAAAGAUCUGCAUGCUGAAGACCCAUGUAGACAUCCUCCAGGACUACACAUUAGCCUUUAUUCAGAAAAUGCAGGCCUUGGCAGAAAAGCACAACUUUCUUAUCUUUGAAGAUCGCAAGUUCGCUGACAUCGGGAACACAGUCAAGCAUCAGUAUGAGGGUGAGACG